CGAAACCCCGUAACAGACAGUACUGUGUAAAAAUGUGCAAAAUUCUCUCCGGAUCAAGGAUGUGGGUGGUAUUGUUAUGCUAUUUAUUAGCACAAGCAAAGACUUACCCUUUACAAGGAUGGCCUGUAUAUCCUCAGGCAUCACGAGAAUAUCCUGAAGAUGAUUACUAUUAUGCUCCUAAAGUACAGUACUAUUAUGACGCUCCAGCUAUAAAUGUACCUGAAGUUUACGGUCAAGUUCCCUACACCUAUUUUUAUGAUCCAUAUGGUCAUUUCGCAAAUGAGGAGCCAAAACGGCAAGAAGAAAGACUGGCUGCUCUGCCUAUAGGCCAGGAGACAUGGUUUGAAAGCGAUUCAACUCCGCGAUGGAAAUCUAAUGAUAUGGAUGACGUCAAUGCCGCUUUCUUAGAUAACUUAAUUUUGACUCAAAUGGCUCAAGAUGCUCAAAGACGGCGCGAAAACGCGCGUGCCGCAUUUUCAAAUAUGGAAUACGAGGAAAAAGAAAAUGAAGACGAAGAUGUCAGAGAAUUAAAAGCAUUGGCUGGUAAACCUCUAUACCACGUUCCGAAAACGGUCCCUAGAAUAGAAGAUGAUGAUUACGUUGAUGAUGAUCCCGACAGUUUUAUCAACUGGAACGGAAAUAAGAGAAGUCUCACUACUACAGAAAGCUCAACCACUACACAAACACCUAAAGCUGGUCAAAAGGAAGUUCUUAUGCUACGUCCGGCAGUACCACAUAGUCGUCAAAGAAAUCAAGAUAAAGAAAACAACAAAAAGACACCAUUCUACAACACAAUCUCGCAGUACUUAGAAAAACAAGGACACAAAAUCUCGAAAGGACGCAAAAUUGAAAAACGUUUCGUCUCAUCCGACUCCGAUCUCGUGGUUGAACUUCGAGGAUUGAAACAUCGCAUCGCCACCUAAACUAUUGCAACUGACUACCGCCAACUAUUAUGAGACUGAGUAUUAUUUUAGAAUAUAGAAUACUUACGGCAUCCGCUCCCUUGACUUCAGUUUGAGAGGCAUACAAAAUACAAAAAAAAAUUAAAAUAAUAUUCCAUCAUUAUAUCCGUAAUUCAUGUGUGAAUCAAAUAGUGUCAUCACGUUUUGAUCAUUGUAUAACCACUUAAAUUAAUUCGCAUCUCGCAUUAUGUGUCUCUUUAAAGGUUCAUAAUUAAUGGCUAUAAUUCUACAAAAGUACUCAAUUUAAUACGUAAGUAUAUCAGAUCUUAGAUCCUUUUUGAUUCUUUAUUAGUAGGUAUUAAAAAAUAUCCUAUAUAUACGAAUGUAAACUGUCGUACAAAAUGUGACUAUAAUCACGUUUCCUGAUAUGUUUGAUGUUUGAAUAAUACGAGAAAGAUAGUUUUUUAAAUAGAUCUCGUUAAGGUUCCCUUCAUUUGGCAGCUAAUGUCGCACAAAUCUGUGCAGUUGUAAAUAUAAUAUUUUUAAGUAUCCUUCUUCUAAGACUUAGAUAGAAAAAAAUACAUUGAAAUGUUUACUUUUGUAAAUUAUUUUACACGUUUUUGAAUAAUACUUUUGUUAAAAACGAAAUAAGAACACAACAAAUGUAUUAUAAAAAAAACUGUUUUGGUAUACAUCCAAAACAAAGUGUCCUAGUGAGAUCUGUUUCAUGUUUUAAAUAAACUUUGAUAUACAAAAAAACAUGCAAUAAAAAAUAAGUAUUGAACAACGCUCAUUCUAAACUUUUCUAAAUCUAUACUAUUUUUUCUUUUUUUCUUUUUGGUAAUUUUUGUAUCAGGUGCUACUUUUUUUUUCUUACGGACUAAGCAGACAAUAGCAUAAAAUCUUUUUGCAAAGCAAAAGAAUGGAGAUAUAGUAUACUUUAAUGAAUAAGAAGGAAAUGAUUCUCUCGGCUGGAAGAGGAUUAGGUGAUAUUUUAGCUUUACAGCUUCUUAACUAAUGUUUAUAACAGUCGGUCUAUGAGAUCCUUGUUAAAAUAUAUACGAACUGCGCCAUUUUAUGGUUUAUAUAAAAAUACUUCUUGUACUAUAUUAUUUUUAAUGUUCCCCGAUCGUAUUUCCUAUUUUUUUUCAUAAUAAACGAAGCAUUGAUCGUUAACAUCUUAUUAUCAUUUUUAUAAUAUAUUUUGUAAUUGAUUCAUCCUAAAUUUAAUAAAAUUUAUCUUUCUGAAGUACAUAUCUGUUUAUAAUAAUGUCAAAAUAAUUUUCAUUGGUAAGAUAAAAUUAAUUCCAUUAUCCUAAAAUUAUUGUCAACGACGAAUGUUUUCUUUGUACCCUGUAACUUAAGAGUCAAUGUUUAAAAUUCAUACUGUCAAAUGUCAAUGGUAUAAUAUUCAUGAAUGAUUCCCAUUAUAUAGAUAGAACACAUGUAAAGUAUAAACUAUCUGAGCCUAAUUAGGUAAUGUCUGGCUCAAUAUCACUUUACAUACCCACAUCCAUAUAUAUUUUAGAGAAAAUGUAUUAGGGUAUUAUUUUGUCCUAUUUAAAUUAAAUGAAAUGUGUAACUAAAUACGGAUACAUGUAAAUUAUUAGAGAAGUAUUAAAAUAUUUGUAUCCUUAAAAAAAUAUAA